UAAAAUAAACUUGUUCAAAAUGUUUAAGAGGAAAAAAGGUUUGGUUUGAAUAAUAUUUUACACCAUUCUCAUAUAAAGUUUUCAAGAGAAGAAAUCGAAAAGAUGAUUUUAUCGCCAUAAUUUAAGCAACUAAAAAUUAAGAUAUUUAGUUAUUUUUGACGAAAAUAACUUGUUGUCAAAUUAAGAAAGUGACGAUAAUUCUCCUUUUCCCCGGCCUAUCUUUACAUUAAGCCCUAAUUCCUGAUCAAGUGAUCAAACAAGAUCAAUUUUGGACAUUUUUUGAUUGAUUUAACAUUGAUCCAUGAUGUUAAAGGGAAGAUUACCAACAGUCAUCAUGGCUUUAGCAGGAUUGUUGGUUCUGACCCAGCUAGUCUAUAUCUCCAACAAAGAGGAUCCAGUACAGAUCAAUUCUUUAACAGUCUUUAACAAUUUCAACAUUAAACAAGAAAAGUUGAAAGCAGAAGAAUCUGAAUCAGAACCAGCUGAAAUCAAACAUAUUCUUUAUUUUAACAAGUAUUUCCAUCUUGUUGACUGGAAUUUUGGAUUUGGAAGAGAACCUUUUAUUACUAACCAGUGUGCCAACAGUAACUGUUAUAUUACAAACAAUAGGAGCUAUCUUCCAUCUUUAUCCGAUUUUGAAGCACUUCUUUUUCAUUCUAGAGAUAUGGAAUCAAAAUAUGUUCAGGUUCCCAACCCUGCCAGGAGAAAAACAAAUCAAAAGUAUAUUUUUUACUCAUUGGAAUCUCCUCUAAAUGAUGGACUGGACCUUAAUAACCAUAGGCUAAAGUCCUUUUUCAACUGGACAAUGAGUUACAGAAUAGACUCCGAUAUAUAUCUUCCAUAUGGUUAUGUUUCUGAAAAAGAAUCCGGGUCUGUUUUAGCGCCAUAUCCUCCAAAAUGGCCGAAUUCAUCUGUUGUGAGGUCCAUGCCCGUUCUCCCGCCAAAAUGGCGUCAACACCAAGAUAAACGUAAGCUAGUCAGCUGGGUUGUGUCAAAUUGCAAGACACAUUCAAAAAGAGAGGAAUAUGUUGAGGAGCUGAGAAGGUUUAUCCCUGUAGACCAGUUUGGAAAGUGCAAUGAUAACCCCUGUGAUGAAUCAACGUGCUUGAAAGAUAUGGAGAAAAAUUACAAAUUUUAUCUUUCCUUCGAAAAUUCAUUUUGCAAGAAUUAUGUAACGGAAAAGUUCUGGAAUGCUCUAGAGCUUAACAUGAUCCCGAUUGUGCUAGGUUCAGGAGAUUAUGAAGUAAUAGCACCUCCCCACUCCUAUAUAAAUGUUAAGGAUUUCGAUUCGGCGGAACACCUGGCAGAAUAUCUUCUAAUGCUUGAUAAAAAUGAAACGGAGUAUUUAAAGUAUUUCUGGUGGAAAGAAAACUAUAAGAUUAUUACAGAUAUCAAAGUGAUAACUGCGAAGAGUAUGUGCAAUUUGUGCGAAAAACUUCACGAACAAGAGAAUACGGAAGUAGUAAAAACUAAGGAGGAAUUAGAAUUUCUAGCUGGUUGGUGGCAAAACAAUAAAUGUAUUGUAGAUAAAACUUUUAAAGAAUUGUUUAGAAAGGUAUUAAAAGAUUAAAAUAUAAUGCCAGAAUCAGAUAUACAACUUUUUUAAGACUGAUUUUGAACAGAAAAUUAGUAUUUAUCAAGAAUCUUCGAGAUGCAGAGAAAAAGUCCAGAUACUUUAUGACAUGCCAAAAUAAAAUUAUUAAAAUCCUGAUUUAUGCAAUGUUUUUGCUUGUCUAGCUCUGGACACAUUGUGAUUAUUUCUAGAUGUAUCUAGAUGUA